UAGACAAAAAUAGCAGACGUUAACAAGAACGAGAGAAAUUUUUACUAAAUGAAUAUUUUAUAUCAGAAAUGACUACUCGAGGCCCAAUUAAAAAUUCUCGAAUGAAUUUCAAAUUUCAAAAUGAACCGGCCGAACCAAAAGGUACAAAACCCAUACGGGAAGCAUCAUCUAUAAUAGAAGUUUUCAUUCUAAUGAUUGUGCACAUUUGCAAGAAGAUACUAUUUUUUGACACCAACUUAAAAAUAGCCAUCUAUUUGGGAGCUCUAUUUUUGCUAUCCCUCAUAGCUGAUAUUCUUACCUUCCCGAAAACCUAUUUUUCAAGAAGUGACAAUAUGUUUAACCAAUACUUUGUGAAAAUAGGUUGGUUUUGGACUUUAUUUUUAACUGUACCGUACGUGUUACUGACAUCGUAUACUAUCUGCUGUGGUAGAAGAAAGCUUAUUAUUACAAGCCAUUUGAUGAGACUUUUCAUAGCUACCAUAUUUUGGUAUACAUGGACAACAGUUUUUAAUGUUAUAGAAACUAAAUAUGGACGUUGUAACUCUAUCAAAUUCACUGAUAAAGUGUCUUGUUUGAAAAAUGGCCAUUUCUGGAAUGGAUUCGACAUAUCUGGCCACUGUUUCAUUUUAAUAUAUUCAAGUUUAAUAUUAAUUGAAGAAGCAAGAGCAAUAAAUGGUUGGGAAAGGAUCAAAGAUUAUAUUAGAGAUGAAAACCAUGCAAGAAGUCUAAAUGACAAAACUGCUAGCAUUAAUCCACUUAAGAAUCUUAAUACAGAUGAUUUAAAAACUUUGAAAACCUUAUAUGAAAAAUAUACUCCAUAUGUGAGAGCAUUACUUAUAUCUAUUUCAAUGCUUCAAUUGUUGUGGGAUGUCAUGUUGGUGUCUACUAUUUUGUACUAUCACAUUAUGGUUGAAAAAUUUGUUAGUGGUGUCAUAGCAAUUCUCACAUGGUUUGUAACUUAUAGAGUAUGGUAUACCAUACCUAAUGUAUUGCCGGGUUUGCCAGGACAAGGAAUAUUUAAAUACAAUUUUGACAAAGUAAAUUCAACAAACAUCGCAAAGCGUAAGAGAUCUAAGGUAUUAAAUGGUAAACAUUUUAUGGGUAUGCCAAUUAAUACUAACCAAGAGGUAGAGGAACCACCAGAAGAAGUGAAAUGAUACUGUUAAUAAAAUAUUUCCUUAUUUAGUUAGUUUACAAAAAGGUGACUGGAACUAAGUUUGGUAUUAAAUAUUUAAGCAAAGAUGGUUUUAUAGAUGUUAUUGUUAAAUGGUUUGUUUUGGUUGCUUAUGAAUUAAAAAAGGUAAUUAUUAUUGUAAAUUUUUCUCAAUAACAUUUAUUACAAAACUUGGGAAUAUUAAUGUUUAGAUAAAUCAAUUAAACAAAU